CCAACCACCCUCCGGGGACUCCUAACAGAAAACAAAGCUUCCUCUCUCUCUCUUUUGUCUUCUUCUUCUCCAAGUCUCUCUUCUUUCGAUUUUGAAUUUCUCUACAAACAAAUGGCGAUUACAUCUUCUAGAACCAGAUCUACCGGGCCGGUGCUUCGCUCCGUGUCGCCAUCAGGCCGUUUCUGUGGUGUGUAUUCGAACGGUGUGUCGUCUCCGUCGUCUUCAGGUUUCGCUUCGUCCACAAGCUCCAGCUUCUCGUCGCCGUCUUCAGCUUUUUUCAGCAACCACCAUCAACAGCACCACAGAUCCGCAUCUCCGACGCGCGUGAACCUAUUCAAAUCGGCGCCGUUGACGCAGUCGUUUCGUUAUUCGAUCGAUAACAGAUCUAUAUCGCCGAAUCGAUCCAUCGCUGUUUCGAAGCCUAGCAGCAAUAAGAUUCCGGAUUCGAGGAGGAGAUGUAUGUGUUCGCCGACGACUCAUCCUGGAUCGUUCCGAUGCAGUCUACACAAGAACGUCGCGAAUCCACACGGCCAAGGCGCAGUGACGUAUCCGACCAACAGUUUGAACAUGCGUCGAUCUGCGAUGACGAAUUCUCUGGUGAGAAUUGGUGGCGUCGAGGGUGAAUGGGUGAGAAGAGCGUUGACGGCGUUGAUAAGGCCGUCUUCGCACCAGCUCAAGAGACGAUCUGCGUAUCAGCCUCGACCUAGCAGGCUAUCGUCCAUGUCGAAAGCAGAUGAUCUUUGAUCUGGUUUUUCAGGUUUGUUCUUGUUUUUGAAUCGGCCUCAGGAAAUCAUCGUUUCUGGUAGAGCUUUGGUUCCGAGGAGGAUGAUAGAUCCGGCGAAGAAAGUCUGGAUCUGAAGAGAGCUGAUACUCGGAUCUGAAUCAAAGAGGAAGCUAUUCGAGCUGAGUCAUGCCGGAGCAGAGUAUUGUAAAACGGAGACCGAAACGACACCGUCAUAAGUUUUGUUUUGUUGGGUGAAGAUGAGAGAUGCAUUGUACAUAGUACUCGUUUGCUAAUCAAGGACACAAUAUUUCCCUAAGUCGAAAUAAUAUCUAAAAAUCGGAUCAGUAGU